AUUCAGCGUAGGCACGGACAGCGCACUGAAGGGCACUUCCUGCGCCCACAUAUCCAGCCUUGCGCAAGUUCUCAUGCAAUUACAAACACCCCAGUGUUCAAAUCUGUAGAAAACCUCGUGUCAUGAGGGUGACCGUGAAAGUAUGCCAUCUCUUCUGCGACUGCACGGAUGCCAUGAGGCAAUCAGAAUUAUGUCUUCAUCAAGGGAACGAGGGUUUGAUUGCAAACUUUCACCUUGCUCCGCUGUGUGCGCGUUUUACCUUCUCGAUAAUUUUCUUGCAGUCUUGAUUAAUACUCGUGUCAUGGCGCAAGUCUGCGUGUGUACCCCGAUUACAUCCUUCGCUUCUGACCCUCGUUUAGAUUUUUGUUUCACUGGUGUUGCACGAGACAUUAAGUUCACUCUUGUAUAUUUUAGUAUUGAUGACUCGGCAGUCUCUCCGAGGGUUAAUGAGAGAGAGAGAGAGAUUGAGAUGUCGAAGACAGGGUGUUGUGGCGCAGAUCCUCGGGAGCGCGGGGUCUUGGUUUGUAGUCGGUCUUCUACAGAUAGAGCCUCCCGUUAUAGAGGUUUCUCUUGCACUCCGCGCCCGUUCCAGCGCAAGACCAGUGGCUUUAGAAUGAGCAUGAAUGUAGGGAUGGGAGUGAAAUGUGUACGAGUGAAGACUUGUAGGUGUUGGCACGGUACCCCGCGAGCCUCACUGGUAGAUGUUCAACGAGUUGAACUCAAAAUAAGCAUUCUUGAAUGCUGAUGGGUUUUUGUCUACGUAGUCGACACAUGUAGAUGGACAUCUAGACGCAGCGUAAACUGAACCUGCCCAGUCUCGAUCAAAGAGCGAUUUUAAACUCGUGAGGUCAUGCAAUGUGACUCAUGCGGCAAGUUGUGGAACAAACUGAGGACGUAGGGUAGUAUGUCGUGACAGGCGAGGGCAAGCCCGCGCUGAGCGCUGAACCUUAAUGAUUAUGAA